GCUAAGAAUAAAGAAACUGGUGCUUUAGCAGCUGCCAAGGUCAUUGAAACCAAGAGCGAAGAUGAACUGGAGGAUUAUAUGGUGGAGAUUGAAAUUCUGGCGACUUGUGAUCAUCGACACAUCGUCAAGCUGCUGGGAGCUUUUUACUGGGAUGGCAAACUUUGGAUCAUGAUCGAGUUUUGCCCGGGAGGUGCGGUGGAUGCCACCAUGCUGGAGCUGGACCGGGGCCUGACCGAACCCCAGAUUCAAGUGAUUUGCCGGCAGAUGUUGGAAGCCCUCCAUUACCUGCAUAGCAAGAAGAUCAUUCACCGUGACCUGAAGGCAGGCAACGUGCUCCUCACUCAGGAUGGGGACAUCAAGCUGGCUGACUUUGGAGUGUCUGCCAAAAACAUGAAAACCUUGCAGAAGCGAGAUUCCUUCAUUGGAACCCCUUACUGGAUGGCCCCAGAGGUGGUGAUGUGCGAGACCAUGAAAGAUACUCCGUACGAUUACAAGGCUGACAUCUGGUCGCUGGGAAUUACGCUCAUCGAAAUGGCCCAGAUAGAGCCGCCCCAUCAUGAGCUCAACCCCAUGAGCAAGUCCGACCCUCCCACACUCAGCUGCCCUUCCAAAUGGUCCAAAGAAUUCAGAGACUUCUUGAAGACUGCCUUGGACAAGAACCCGGAGACCCGGCCAAGUGCAGCACAGCUGCUGGAGCAUCCGUUUGUUAGCAAGGUCACCAGCAACCGGGCCCUGCGCGAGCUGGUGGCAGAGGCGAAGGCCGAGGUGAUGGAGGAGAUUGAAGACAGCCGGGAGGAAGCAGAAGAGGACGACUCGUCUGAGUCUGCCUCGCCCCCUGGAAAGCACAAACGAGAUCCCUCUGAAGCAAGUCAGAUGAGUUUUGAUGGGGAGAAACCUCCAGACUCUUCCUUACCCAUGAUAGUUAAUGGGCCUGUGGAGACUGGAAAGGAGAUUGCAGAUGGACAAAGCAAUAAAAUGAAGGGAGAUGAAGGGAUAAGCAAUGACAAUAAAAAGAUGGAGAGCAACCACCCUAUGAAAUCUGUCACCAGCUCUGCUGCCACUGGCACAGAAGGUGGGGAAGUCACCUUCAGCACCCAGAGCAAGUUGAGUAACUCAACCGAAGGGAACAAGCAGCCAGGGACAGCCAGCAAAGAGCACAAGAGCAUCGGGGACCGGCCAGAGAGUAGCCACUUGGAAAACUUCACAGAGGAUAAACUUGCCAAUGGGAGCCUGGAUUCCUCGACUCCUUUUUCCAGCAGCCGAUGCAAAAGAGAUUCCGAUUCCGGCAGCACUUCAGCUUCAGAAAGCAUGGACCUCACCAUCUCGCUGUCUGCUGACCUGUCCCUCAACAGAGAGAGUGGCUCGCUCUCUCUGAAGGAUUCUCGGAUGCAGAAGAAGACGCUGAAGCGGACCCGGAAGUUUGUGGUGGAUGGAGUAGAAGUGAGCGUCACCACCUCAAAGAUCAUCAGUGAGGAUGAGAAGAAGGAUGAAGAGAUGAGGUUUCUCAGGCGCCAGGAGCUGCGGGAACUGCGUCUCCUUCAGAAGGAGGAGCACCGAAACCAGGCCCAGCUCAAUAGCAAGCACCAGUUGCAGCUGGAGCAAAUGUUCAGACGCUUUGAGCAAGAAUUGACGGCAAAGAAAAAAUUCUAUGACACCGAACUGGAGAACCUUGAACGUCAGCAGAAGCAGCAGAUCGAGAAGAUGGAACAAGAUCACUCACUGCGCCGGCGAGAGGAGGCAAAGCGCAUUCGCUUGGAGCAGGAACGGGAUCACACCAAAUUUCUGGAGCAGCUGAAGCAGAUGAAGAAGGAGGUCAAGAAUGAGGUUGAAAAAUUGCCCCGGCAACAGCGGAAAGGAAACAUGAAGGUGAAGAUGGAUGAUUUUUCCCAAAAGAAGCAAACCAUGGAACAGGAGUUUUUGACCAAGCAGAAAGAGGAUCUGGAGUUGGCCAUGAAGAAUAUAACAGCCCAGAACAAAAAGGAGAUUUGUGACAAGGAACGCGAGUGCCUGAACAAAAAGCAGCAGCUCAUGAGAGAUCGGGAGGCCUGCAUGUGGGAUCUUGAAGAGCAUCAGCAGCAGGAGAAGCACCAGCUUGUCAAGCAGCAGCUGAAGGACCAGUACUUCCUCCAGCGGCAUGAGUUGCUCCGGAAGCAUGAGAAGGAGAGGGAGCAAAUGCAGCGAUACAACCAACGCAUGAUAGAACAGCUGAAAGUUCGGCAGCAGCAGGAGAAAGCCCGGCUCCCCAAAAUCCAGAGGAGCGAAGGGAAGACACGCAUGGCCAUGUACAAGAAGAGCCUUCACAUCCACUCCAGCGGGAGUGCAGCCGAGCAGCGGGAGAAGAUAAAACAGGUCAGAUUCUGCAAAGGGCAUCAAUUUGAAGCUCAGCUUGAGGAGAGGAAAGAGGCUACUGAUCCCAGACGUCUAACCCAGUUCUCUUAACCCGAGACGCAGAUGAAGGACAUGCUUGCCCAGUGUGAGAGCAACACAACUGAGCUCCAGCAGCUGCAGAAUGAAAAGUGUCACCUCUUGAUUGAACAUGAAACGCAGAAGCUAAAAUCCCUGGAUGAGAAUCACAACCAGCACAUGAAGGAGUGGCGGGACAUGCUGAGGCCACGGAAGAAGGCUCUGGAGGAUGAGCUGAACCAAAAGAAGCGUGAGCAGGAGAUGUUCUUCAAGCUGAGUGAAGAGGCAGAUGGACCGACUCCAGCAUCCCCAACCAAACAUGCCAAGUUUGUCCCAUUCAGCUCUGCAGAAAGCUUGUAACACCUAGCGGCUGGCAGGCCACCAGCUGCUACUUGCUCUGUCCUCCUUGGUGGGCAGCCUGGACUUGGAAGACCCUCUCACCAGCCUCUUCUCAGAACAGCAUC